AUGAAUGAACUCACAGUUCAAGUGCAACUUUCCUUCGACUCCUCCGCGAAUAAGAGCUAUGCCACCAUCAGCACGAUUGUGGGCGCAACAAGCAGCAUGGGCAACAUGAUUAUCAGCUCAGCGAGCAUCCUACACUCAUCAUUUAUCAAUCCAAAUGAGGAGCCCUGGAGGACAUUAACAACCAUCUACACAGCCUCUACACAGCUCUGA